GGGGUUUCAUAUAGCGCGCACAGGUUUUAUCUUCUCUCACACACACAGACACACAGACACACACAUCAAGGAACUGGACAUAAAACAUAUCUGGCCAUGUUUCAGGGAAUUCUGUUGUGGGUUGUUUUUGCCACAACUCUCCCUCCUUGGACCAGCCAGAGUUGCUUUAAAGCCAAUGAGUCUCAGUGUGCCAAUGUGGAUUUUGCUCCCGGAUCUGACCUAGCAGGAGAAGGCUUUGACAUCACCACCAUGCAACGGAAAGGGGCCUAUGCCCUUGAUAUGAGCUCCUGGCUCCAGAAGGACAAGACCUGCACUCUGUGUAAAAACCCCUAUAUGGGAGAUCAAACGCAGAAGCUCCCAGUUUCUGUGGUGGACUGGAGACCAAAUCAGAAGUGCAACAUGAAGUUGUCAAGCUCCGUAUACCAGUCCAGUGAGGCCCUUGUCAGUGCCAGCGCCUCCUCCAUUGAGAACAACUGGAAGGUGGGCUUGGACAUAUGGACACCACAGGUCCAGGGAUCAGUGAUGAUGGCAGGCAGUAACUCCAAGCUGGCUGAAUAUUCAAUGAAAAAAACCAAAAAAGACAAGUUUAGCUUCACCAGUCAUGCUGUCUCCUGUGGAUACUACAGAUAUCAGGUUUCGAGCAGUCCACUCCUGCACCCAGAGCUAAUCAAAGAAUUUAAAAAUCUCCCUGAUGUAUUUAAUAAGGAGACACAGCAUAUUUAUUACAAACUAAUUGACAAGUAUGGUACUCAUUAUUUCUCAAAGGUGACUUUGGGUGGAGAGGUUCACUCUGUGACCAGCAUCAAAGAGUGCCAGGCGUCCCUUGAGGGUCUGACCGUGGACGAUGUGAAGAUGUGUCUGGACGUGGAGGCUUCUGUCAGUAAGGGACCUGCUUCACUGAAAACAGAAGCUCAUCAUUGCAAGCAGACCAAGGACAAGACUCUGAACAGAAAGAGCUUUGCUAGCAGCUUUAGUGACAGGGAAACCAAUGUGAUUGGUGGCCACAACCAGAAUGUCGACCUUCUCUUCUCAUCAAACACUGACCCAAAGGCCUACAAGGAUUGGGUCUCAUCUCUACCUGCUCACCCUGAUGUGAUCUCCUACUCGCUCGAGCCCCUUGAUGAGUUGUUGCCAAAGAACAAACCAAUCCAAGUGAACCUGCGCAAGGCCAUCAAGGACUACAUCCUACAGAGGGCUCUGCUGAAAAACUGCACAAGCCGAUGUAAGAUCGGUGUGAAGACCAACUCUAAGGAACCAUGCAGUUGCAGCUGCCACAACAACCCGGGUGUGGCCCUCAACUGCUGCCCUACUCAGAGAGGAUAUGCUCAGAUCACCAUAGUUGUGAUCAAAGCCACAGGUUUAUAUGGAGAUUACUGGACUGAGACGGAUGCAUUUGUAAAGAUCCUUCUUAAUGGACACAUCAAUAAAGGCGAGACAUCUGUGAUUGAAGAUAACAACUCACCCCAUUGGAACUGGGAUUUUCAUCUUGGAACUGAGGACAUUACUCAUUUCAGCAGUGUGACACUGGAGGUCUGGGAUAAAGACAGUGAUUCAGAUAACGACCUUCUGGGCACGUGCAACAUUCCACUGAAAUCUGGAGUGAAGGAGGAUGUCUGCACACUCAAUCACGGAGUCCUGUACUAUAAAGUGCAGGUGAAGUGUGUUCACGGUUUGGCUGGUCCAUCGUGUACUGAGUACAUGCCCUCUCCUAUGGAUGCACAGCUAGAGAAAGUGUACGUGUCCCGAAAUGCUCGCCUGAUUCCCACAAACAUGUUGCUGGAGAUGGGAGUGCUCCUCGAUGACCGCAUUCCACGCUUCAACCAGAGCAACAUCCGUGAAGCUGCGGGUUUUCAAUUGUAGACCAUUAAUGUAGCUUGUGACCCUAUCGCAUAAUCCACCGGGGUUUUAUAAUGUUUAAAAUAGAAAAAUAAAAUAUAUGCAUGCACUUUUUCCUAAUUAUUACUAAACCAUUCCUGCUCG